GUCACUGGCUCCAUCAUUCCCGCUUGAGAUAUCAAAACCCUAGGGGUUUCUCUUUUUCUUCCAUUUCCAUUCCUUUCCCAUUCGUCUCUGCACUCCAAAAUCGCAACAAUGUCGAUGUCCAAGAGUUCCAAAAUGCUUCAGUUCAUCAACUACCGGAUGCGGGUCACCAUCCAAGACGGGCGCCAGCUGGUCGGCAAAUUCAUGGCCUUCGACCGCCACAUGAAUCUCGUGCUCGGCGACUGCGAGGAGUUCCGCAAGCUUCCUCCUGCUAAAGGAAAGAAGAACUCCAACACCAACGAGGAACGCGAAGACCGUCGAACCCUUGGCCUUGUUCUUCUCCGUGGCGAAGAGGUUAUUUCCAUGACCGUCGAGGGUCCUCCUCCUCCUGAAGAGUCUCGCUCCAAGGCUGCUUCCGCUAAUGCUGUCCCUGGCCCUGGUAUUGGCCGUGCUGCUGGCCGUGGGAUCCCCACUGGGCCCCUUGUUCAGGCCCAGCCUGGUCUUGCUGGCCCUGUCCGUGGUGUUGGAGGUCCUGCUCCCGUGAUGCAGCCACAGAUUUCUCGACCACCUAUUCCGCAGCUCUCCGCUCCUCCCAUGACUUACCCUGCUGCUGGUGGACCACCCGUGAUCCGUCCCCCUGGGCAAAUGCCACCUGGUGCUUACCCGGGACAACCGCAACCACCUCAGAUGCCACGUGGCCCACCUCCUCAGGUACCCGCACCGGCUUUUGGAGUGAGGCCUCCUCAGCAGUUCAUGCCACCUCCUCAAUAUGGUCAGAGGCCAAUGGUUCCACCUCCAGGACCAAUGAUGAGAGGACCUCCAGCUCCACCGCCUCCACGACCUGGAAUGCCUGCUCCACCUCCACCACGGCCUGGAAUGCCCCGCCUCCUGGUGCUGUUCCUGUUUUGGACCACCACGUCCAGGGAUGCCACCUCCACCAAAUCCUCAAAAUCAGCAGCAGAACCAGUAGCAGUAGUGAUUUUGAUUUGGUUUAUUCUCCACUAUUGUUUGAAGUUUCAAAGACUAAGCAGGCAGGGGUUUAAUAGGGGUGCUGUGAUGAUUUUCGUCUGGAAUCUAAUGGCAGAGUUCUUACAAACUAGGCUUUAGAGCUUGUUUCCUGAGGAUCUCUCUUUGUGGCGGCAGCAGCAGCAGCAGCAGCAGCAGCUAGUGUAUAAUUUAUUAGUGAUUGGAUGAAUGGAAAAUUUCUGUCCCUUUCGUAGGUAGGUCUAUCUCAUGUUGUAGUUGCACAGUAUGUUUUGUGAGCAUGGUGUUCCUUUGCCAUGAAAAGGUUUAGCAUUAACUGACCAAUAGACAUUGAACCUCAAAAUUACUUGGUAUUUCUUUUGUGAAUGUGCCUUUACCAUUUAGGACGAGAUUUCUUUUUUUA